UUACGGCAGACACGAAAGAACUAGAUCACAUUAUGAAGUUGACCCCGCGAGAGAAUCAAAACAUGAGCAGUAUGGCUGCCCCAGUGAAAAAGCCCUCCAGCCAACUGGUGCGAGGAAAAGAAAAGGGGGAUUACAAAUACAGUGUAAGUAUCAAGUUUCUUACAGUCAUUUCUUUGACGAAUUUUUUAUGUGGGUUUCGCUUUAUCAUUAACGGUAUAAAUUUAGUCUGGUUUGUUGUUCGUCACCCCAUUUGCGUGAUUUCAAAAAAAUUUGCCAGUUUUUCAGGAAUUCGCAACUUGCGACGCAGUGUUUUCAUAAUAGGGGCAGCUGUUUCAAAGGGUAUUCCUUUUAGCGAUGCAAAGAGGGUAUGAAAUUAUUGAUUAGAUGGAAGGUUAAACCAACUGCCAAACUAUUUACCGGUGCUGCGGUGUUUUCGUUGUUAAACUCGAUGACGUUUCGGGCGGAAAUUCCACCCUUGUUUUUAGACUUGCUGAGUGGCAGAAAUAUGCUUGGCUUUCAAAUUAAUUACAUAGCCAAAUCAUCAGCUUUUGUCUAAUGUAUUUAACUUGGGUGUUUUCGUUUUUCGCUAUGAUGAUUACAUCCCCCUGGGAAAUUGUUCGUUUCUGAAACCGCAAGAUGUAGCAUUAAACCUUUAGGGUUCUUCAAUACGGGGGUUUUUAUUUGCUGUUUUGUAAGGACGGCCUAUAGCUAUAGAGGUUUAUUUCUUAAAAAUUUGACCGUGAUUUUAUACGAAAAAGGGUUUAUUGCGCUAUCAUUUCUUCUUAAUGCCAAAAAUUUCAACUCAUUGAGUGAUCUGAAUCAGUUGAUUGUUUUAUAAACGUUGUUGUUUGGUUUUUAAAGGAACUGGUAAGAAUUCACGAAGAGUCCUCAUUGUUGAGCUUCAAUCUUGUGAUCUUGCGCCAGACCAGUGUUUGUUUUAUGACCUGUAGAUGAUAACAGCCCCUUUUAUUAACUUUUAUAAAAUAUUCUGAAUUUUUUAUUAGAUUUGCUGUUGAAAAUUUGAUAUACAUAAUUCCAUAGGUACAUAAUCAGUUGAUAUCUUAAUAUUCAAUCAAAUCAUUGAAAAAAUAAAGUAUGUAAGUUGGAAAAGAUUUUUAAGACAGGGAGAAGAAAAUAAAAUUCAUGAAUAAAACCAUCCAACUUUGAAGCACCUUUCUUUAAAGCAAGGGAAAAGCACUCUUAAAGAUGAACCAAAAUAAAUGGUAAAACUACAAUAGAAUGUAGAUGUUUAUAGAAGAUGGAAGUAUAUAGAUCAUUCAAGUCAAUGUGUAUGAAUAGAAAUAUUAAAGUGUUAAAUAACAGAUCAUAAGAGUAAGUUUUUUGCAGUUUUCAUUUAUAAAAAUAUCUGCAUCAUAGCUUUGUCACUUAAUGUCACUCAACACUUUGUGUGUUUCAGUGACAAUGUUAGAUAAUUCUAAACCAAAGCCUAGUUCAUUUAUUUCAUCUAAUUGUUUAUAGUUUUAUGAGUAUUAAACUAGUUAUAUUGCUAAUAAGUUUUUUAUUUUUUCCUUGUUUCCUUUUCAAAAUAAUUGGUAUGUCAUUCAAAAUUUCAGUGUUUAUUUAUUGUAUCUCUCAACUUUAAAUGUCUUUGUUGAUAUGAUUUUAUUUUAUCAAGUGAUCUUUUAUAAUUUCAAGUAAAAUAUUUCUUUUCUAAUUUUUUGUCUUUAUUUUUAUUCUUUGAUAUGAAGACAUUCUAACCUAGCUUUCAUGCUUUUCAUGCUUUUAAACCAUUGUUAGGUUGAUGAAAUUAAGAUGAACAGUUCAUCAGAUUUCUAUUGUCCUUAUAUAAUACUACUAAUUAUUAGUUAUUAGCUUUUUAGUUAACCAUCUAGAUAUAAGACUUGGGGGACACUAGGGCACUGUGCCCCCAUGGUUUUGGCAAGUGUCCUUUAUAAGAAGUAAAUACCUGUUUUACAUUUAAUUUUUAUCAUCAUGGUACCCUUUUUGCCAGGACCACUUGGUGACAAUGAUAAGUGCCCUUCCUGAGGCUGUGCCCCUCCAGAUAAACACUUCCUAUGUCCCCAUUAGUUAUUAUUUGUCUCAACUGAGAGAUCCUUAUUUUAUGAUUAAAUGCUGGAAGCUCUUCUCUUUUUAAAACUUUCAACAGAUAAAAGGCAUAUGAUUGAAAUGAUACUGAGCCACAGGAAAUACCAUUAAGAUUCCCAAAUUGACAAAAUUGAAAUUGGUUUUUUCCAUUUGCACUCUUUCAAUAUAGCCUUGUGUGCAAAUUUAAAAAAAUUCAGAUGUGACUCUGCAAAAAGAAGGGACUAAAAGAAGCUAUCUUCUCCCCUCUUGUUUAGAAUCCUGUAUUGAAUGCUUAACCAUUGACUACUCUUAUAAUUCUACUACUGGGUCUCUACUCUCACCUCUUUACUAUAUUGAAAAUUUUGCCAACCCCCAGCUCUUUUGCAACCAUCCCCCAGCUUAUUGAAAGUUCAAUUUUGAAAACAUCAGCUGGCCUUAAACAUCAGUUAGCAUUUGCCUGUUACAAUUUUUUCUAAAUCUACCUUAGUAACAUUUGUGAAUUUUUUUUUCAUGUUGGCUGGUCAAGUGGAACUCUUUGGGGGUAUUCUCCUUUACUAUUGACAUUGUAGGACUAACUUUCAUUUGAACAUUGUCUACCUGCUGUUUUUUGUUAUUGCUGAAACUUUUCUUCUUUACUUUUCGUCUUUGGUCUACAGAAUUCUUUGUUAUCAAAGAAAUGAUUAUGAUGUUUGUUGCUUACCUGCUCUCUGGUAAAUUGAAUAAUACUUUGUAGUAAAAAAUCUGCUGUAUUUUAGUGCAGUGUAUUUUGUUCAGAAGGAAAUCUGCAAAGAAAUUUGAGAAAGUUCCUGAGAUCGCACCAUGAUAUAUUCACACGUGCCCCUCAGCUCAGCCGUAAUGAUUAGGAUUCUGUCCUUCUCUGUAAACUCCAUAAAGUAAGCUUUUGGGCAAGCUCAAUUUGUGCCCUGAAUUUUGAUAAAGAGUAAAUUUAUUUUUUUAUUUGUUGGUCAGAUUAUUUAUUUGCAUCAGUUGUACUACAGCUGCUACCUUAUGCAAAAUACUUGGACUUGAUUGCUCUUUUUUUCUUUUCCAGCCUCAUUUAAUAACCUUUUGUUCCAACUUUUUGAAUGGUCUUAAAAUAACGUUAUUAUAAUUAAAAAAUAUGCAUAAUUAUUUAUAUUUCUGAGGAGUGUGCUUACUUAAGUCCAAUGAAUUGUCUAGAUGAGGUUUUAACCAAUCACAGAGCCUGUAACAUAUAUUUCUAUUGAAAGUCAAAAUUGUAUUAGGCCUUCAACUCAAAAGCUAUUUGCAGCAAUGAGCAUCUGUUGAUAGAAGACAGACAAUGAAUUUGGAAAUACAAACUUUCUUCAAAAUACAAAUUCAUGGUAAAGCUAAGUGCAAAUUAUAUUGCUUAACACAAAGUGUACAUAAUUCUGUUGUAAAAAGGUUGUUUUAUAGUGUAAGUUUUUUCUGAUUCAAUCAAAAAGUUUAUUUCUAUAAAAAUAUUGUUAUAGUGAGAGCUUGAUGAAAACAUCUAACAUUCAAAUCUUUGGUAAUGGUUUGUUGUUGGGGGCAUGUUGUUGUGAAAUUGGGCACGUGUUUUGGGGGUGUAGGAAAAUUUAAGAUUUUGUCUGAAAGCUUAGUUAUGAUUUGGGUUACUUUUGUGGCCAAAAGGUGGAAAAUGGAAAAAGAAGACACUGCAUUCUUAGACUUCUGAUUCAAAUAUAAUGAUUGUGAUGAGAUUUUUGUUAUAUCUUCUAUCUACUGAUGUUAUUACUUAUUUUAAGCCAAAAGUUUCAGGCAGUUAAGUUGACAUUAUCGCUCCUCCAUGAAAAAUGAUCAAUUUCCCCUUCUGAAUUAACAUGUACUCAUCUUUUAUUGAAAAUGGGUCAUAACUGUUGUUUGUCUUUUUGAGACAAAACUAUCUUGCCGUAUCACCCAAGAAAAUAAAUUAUAACGCCAAUCAAUUCUGAAGGAAUACUCAGUCUCGAUUUCUUUUUGUUAUUUACACGAAGUAUAGACACAGUAUAAUAACGCAAUUUAAGGAAAUGAUAUUUAUAUGUUAUGGUAAGUUGUAUGUGAAUGUAAUAGAUGAAUUAUUAAGAAACGUCUCAAGCAAUCAAACUUUUCAAAGCCAAGCAAGGUGUCUCUAGAUGUUAUGUUUAAAUAUUCGGAAAUUUCUUGUUGUGGGAUUUCAGUCAUUCAAAUACUUAUGCCCAUUUAUUAUUCUAUUCAUUAUUUAUUUAUUUAUUUGUUUUGUCAUUAUUCAUAUAUUCUAUCUUGACUCAAGACAUUUCGUUGGCAUUUACUUGCUGUUUAUAAAAGCAAGACGAAUGAAAGUAGUUGAAACCUCGUUGUGGCUUCAUGCGGUUAGAUUGCACAGUGAUGCAACUGCAUCCUCUAUUGAUGUGAUGUGCGUAAAAGUAGAAAAUUGUGGUGUAAGGGUGGUUGAUUAAGAAAGCCCUAUGAUCAUCUUCUUGUCCGUUUUAACGACAGACAGGGUCUGAUGAUCUCUUAUAGCUAAGUAUCCAGAGAUGUCCAUUCCGGUGUCUCUAUUGCUUUUGAUAUUAACCAUGUCAAGCUCGCAUUCGCUCUAUUUACUUAAUAAACCAUGUCAUCUUUGCUCACUGCAAUCAUUCCUUUCAAUCGAAAGCAAAUUCUUUUCAAUGGUACAUUUGAACUUCUGACAAUAAUUUCUGCAAAAAGUGCAAUUUUUAAAAAAAUAUUCUGAUGUUCCUGCGCCCUGCUCCAUUGCCUUUGCAAUAGAACUGCUGAUACCUGUUCUCAGUAAGCGGAAUACCAAUGUAAACUAUUGGUACUACAAGGGUUCAUGCAGCGACCUUGAGCAGCAUGUCUGCUACCGUGCUAACAAUACUGCUCUCUCUUUGUGGGUCAUUUUUUGUUCACGUAGAAAUUGCGUCUCGAAUAGCAAACGUUUGCUUGAAUUUUUUAUUGAAUUUUUGUAGGCAGAAUCGACGCAUGAUUACAAUGUUUCUGCAGCCAAUGUGCAGUUGAAAACGCGCCAAAACAAGGAUGAAUUUCAGGACUUUUUCAAUGCUUGGUCGACUCGUUUUGCCAAAGUUCAUGCAGAGCUGUACAAUAAAUUUUCAGGCAUUUGUAAUCUAGACAGGUCAUAUUUUGGCUUGCAGGCACAGGUGCUGACCACAUUCGAAAAACAGGGGGGCAUACACGAGACGAGGAUAGAGCUUCAAGCCUCCUGUUGAGUUGCUUUCACGGGCAGGUGAUCCUGCGAUGGAUAUUACACUAAAACUUUCUGCAUAAAUAAGUUCGCUGUCUAUUGGUCUUAGGUAUUUGGCCAUUGAGUUUGCACAUUUGAUGCAUACCAGGACUAGUUGCUUGCACUUGAGGAGCUAUGACUUCUUUGAAUCAUGCAGGUUUUGGUUAAAUUGUCUUAUAGGUUCAAGUUGUCACAUUCGAUAGAGAAUUCCUGUAUAAAUCUAGCUUGCAUUGUGGACGCUGCCACAUUAAUAUUUGAACCAUAUCCGAUUGUUUGAAGUCAUUAAACCCGUCAGCAACAACAUACAGAGCCUGUUUUAAGGUUGAGGUGCCCUCUGAUGCAAACCAAUAUCAUUGUUAUGAUCCUUCUCGGUUUCUAUGCCAAGUGGUAAUGGUCCUUACCUUUUCUGGUGGAGUUAUAUUGCAGCGGGACCUAAAUGUCUAAGCGUACUUUCAUUUAGAAGUCUAACCGUACCCUAAUGAGUAUUGAUGGCAAAUUUCACGGCAAAGGCCAAGAGAUAUGAAAGCAGAAAGGAUGUGCCAAGUCACCUAGAUAUCAGUUCUCAAGCACUCCACCAAGAAUUAACAGAUGAUGAAGACGAGAGCGCACGUCAUUCUUACCUCCAAGAGCAAUUCAAAAUGGGCGAGGAGACUGAAACCCCCACUGUUUUCAUCAUCCCAGGUGACCAUGAGCUCAACAUCGGUACUAACGGACGCCUUGACGACUCGGGUGAAUCAGUGGAGCCCAGGCCUCUCUUUGAUGACAGAGCAAGUGACUAUGACGAUGCCGAGAAAACCAAAGACGGUGACGAGAGAAGAGGUGAUUCCAGGGAACAUUUUUGCUCAUGCGUUUCAUGCAAGAAUGAGAGAAACCGUCACGAAAAAAGGCGGGGCUCUGAUUGCCAUAGUCACUGUAGCCACCAUGAGCAUGGCUCCUUUCAUGGAGAAUGCGGACCAGACCGGUGCCAUUCACGCAAGGAGUCACGUUGCCAUGGGGACAGCUGUUACAGCGGUCAUUGCAACAAAUCCAGCGAUCAUGGGCCAUGUCAUCACGGUUAUCAUGAUAGCCAUAGGCAGUGUCAUGAACAGUUUUGUAGUGGGUCCCACUGCCAUGGUAACCAUUGCCAUGGAGAUUCAUGUUAUCCUAAGAUGGAUUGGCGGGAAUAUUUCAUGAAUGAUGAUGAUCACAGAUUCAGAAGUAAGGUGCAUAAACACACAUAUGGUGAUCGUUUCCUUAGUGAAAGAGCAGCACAUAGAAAUCCUUUUGAGUCCUACCCACCUCAUGUCCCUGAUAACAUGUUCCUGCCUCCAGAUCCACUUUUGAUGAAUUACAAUCAACGGAGAGGUGGAGCGUUUCAUUCAUCGUCCACUAAGGGGAAAUCCCACGUGGUUGAUAGGAACACUCUGACACCAGGAUACCCAUCUGCAAGAAAGCAUUCAGAUUCAGAAUUAUCAGCUAUUGAUGCUAUAGCCUUAACCAAAAAUGCAACAAAAUUCAAAGGCAAUGCACGUGGAUUCGAUGGGGAUUCCCGGCACCCAGCAAGAGGUGAUAUCCUGACUGCUCCUGGAAGCGCAAUUCGUCGAAUGAAGGAGCUGGUGAGCAAAUAUAGUGACAGGCAAGUUAGAGAGGUUGACGAUCAAGGCGAGGCGCUUAUUAACAGGCCACUUCCUCCAGAGCUUGCAGACAAUGAGGAAACAGAGAUGCAAGGGACUCAAGGCGAUCAAGUUAUGGAAAAGCAAGAAGCAUACGUUUGUCAUAUAUGUGGGAAAGAAUUUGCGUGGGCAAUCACCCUUAAACGUCACAUGCUGAUACACACAGGGGUACGACAGUAUCAGUGUAAUAUAUGCAACAAGGCAUUUACCCGGUCCCAUCACCUGAAGAGGCACAUGACAGUACAUACUGGGGAGAAACCAUAUGUAUGCCAUAUUUGCAACAAAGCAUACUCAAGAUCAGAUCGACUGAGCAGUCACAUGAAUAAUCACGAAGGAUAUGUGUCUAACAAAAAGCGUGGUAGAAUGCCAUUGAAAACCCCAGAAAGCAUUACAGAUGGAACUGAUGCAGCUGUCGAGAAAAGACAGGAGGUCAUUUCAACUGGUGGUGAUUUGAAAUUGUCUUCAAGCAAAGAAAGCACAAUGAUAAUCAAUAGAGAGACAGAAUCAGGCCCGAGUACUAGAGAGAGUGUUGGUGUAGACAAAGGGUGGCCUAACCCGCCAUCUUUAGAUCAAAUUGGGGUUGCAAGAGAAGAACCAGCUUUAAACGAGCCCUGGAAUACAACUGGAAAUGUAGAGACUGGACCCCCACAGGUGAGAAUUAUUAGCAGUGAGCCACCACCAUGGUAUUCAAGACCAGAAACGCGUCCUGGUGGUGAUGAAGAAGAGGGGCGGCAGGAGCAGCUUGCAGAAGAUCAAAAUGUGGAAAAAAAGAAUAGCACAGAUAUUCCUACACAUGCUCUAGAUAUUCAUGGUAUUGGUGGCAGAGGCAGACAGUCCCACAAUCGAGAUGAAGAAACAUCGGAUUUGAAACCCGAUUUACCAGUAUCAUUGAAACAUAGCCCACACUAUUCAAAACCUCCUGACAGCGUUGUUAGGUCAUCACCUUAUCAGAGUUUCACCCAUACAAGAGUUGAGAAGGAAACCUUCUCUAAGUACAAAAGCAAUCUUCAAGAGUUGAGGCCCAGUGACUUUCAUCCUCCUGACUUUUUUCCUCCACCAGGUUUCCCAAUGCCUGGACCUCCAAGUUUCAUACCAGGGAGCAUACUGGACACCAAUCCAAAGGAUGCUAAACUGUCACCAUUCUCUGGACAUGCACCCAUGUUUCGACAUGACGAUAAAAGACCAAGAAGUCCGAUGGGACAAGAUCUGCAUGAUCGCGGAGGGGUGCCGUUUAUCACGGGUGAUCCAGCAAAAUUCGGCUUUGGUGGUUUACUUAAUGCAAGAAAUGAUUUUAUCAACAAGCAGCGAAUUGGCCACCCAUCUAUGCUGUACCAUGAGAUGCCCCACGAUGUUAACAAUCGCGAUUCGAGGCAGGAUGGGAUGAUGAUACGCCCAAAGCAAGUAGACGAAAGGGAACAAAAUUACGGUAAUGAGUUGCAAGAAGGUUUUCAGAUUGCCAGGAAAGACGAAGGCAAUGGCGAUGAUGCCAAAAACGAUCACAUGAGCAGUGGUGAAGAUUCAGCUUCUGGGUUGCAAUCCAAAUUCAAAGUGCAGCUGACGCAAAGGGAUGUAAAAGGCUCGAUAGACAUGAAGCCUCCAGACCCACACAUGAAUCUCUUUACUUUCCGGCACAUGGUCCAUCAACCUGGCCGACCUCGGGCCACUUUGGAUAAUGCUGGCCAAAAACGAGUUCUACCAAGGACAUUUGUCUGUCGUACCUGUAACAAAGCUUUCACAAGAUCUCACCAUCUUCGAAGGCAUGAGUUAAUCCACUCAGGCCAAAAGCCGUUCAAAUGCACCAUUUGUGGUCGUGCGUUUAACCGUUCAGACCACCUCAAUCUUCACUUGGCCACACACUACCAGAGUGCAAAUGGUCCACGACCAUACAACAGAGAUGCUGGAAAAGGCAAGAAGAAGGGGUCUGAAUGCAGUAUCAAGUCCGAUGUAGAUGGAGAGGGUGAGAAGAUGUCUGCCGAAAUGAGCGACCAGGGGCCUAUUGAAAUGAGUGGCCAGGGGCCUAUGGAAAUAAGUGGCCAGGGGCCCGUUGAAAUGAGUGGCCAGUUGACCGAGGCUGAUGGUAUGAGUGGAGGGGAUUCCCUUGGUGAGCAAUCCCCUGUUGUUAGCGGUCAUUUAGAAAAUAUGGAAGUCUUUACAGGCGGAAAAGGGUCAGAUUCACACGUAAGUACCCUUGAAAAUAUGAUUAAGUCCGAGUCCCCUGAAAGAUUUGAUAUUAACAGUUCCAUAUAAACAAUAUUAGAAAAGACAGAAAAGGUCUGAAACAUUUUAAAAUUACCUAUUUAUUAUCGCAAUAUUGCUCGAUUUCCUUAGUAUAAUAACGUAAUUAAAGCAUGUUUAACUGUAUAUUCAAAAAGCUUAAAUUAUUCAUUUUGGGUAUAGAUUUUGAAGUGCUCAUAGCCAAUUGUGAACUGUGCAUACAACUCUUGCUUGGAAAGUCUGGUUUUUAAUGCAGCUCAAAAUGAAUAGAGCCUCUAAUGCGCUACUGUCUAGCUGGGUUUUAUCUUAAAGUGAGGGUCAGUCGCUGUUCUGUUUUAUAGAAAAAACGCCAGGCUAGUUUAAACGCUUUACUGCUUGUUAUUUCCAUUAUAAGGCCAAUCUUUCCGCAACUACACCGCAUAAUAACAACAGUAGACAGGCAGAACUGCACUAUAGGUUCCCACCAUAAGUGACGAAGCAAAUUGCAAAUUGCAGAGCUGCCUGACGAUAAAUUUCUCAUGAAUUCAUCUUCAAUAAUAGUCAGCUUUUAUUAAGGUUGUAUUCUUCUCAGCCUUUUAAACUUUUCUGAUGCGAAAAACUUUGGUUAAAUCUUUGGCUGCAGCUAAAAACUCUGGGCAAGACAAUUUUGAUAAUUGCUAGGAAGCCUUGAUGGAUGAAAAAUUGGAGAACAGCAAUAGUUUAACUCCAUUUGAAGACGAUUUUAUUUUGUCCCAGAAAGGUAAGAUUUGGUAAUCUAAACCGGCCACUCCUUCAGUCAAAUUAUCCAUAUAAAAUAACUCCCUAACUCUGAAUCCUUUCGAUUAGAUUUCAAUCAGCGACGUAUAAAACAUCGCAUUUUCACUUUCAUUGUUAAAUGAAACGUUAAUUGUUACGAAUACCAAACAUGAAAUUUUGGCGUUUUUGCAUGAACCUUUAGAUGAUCGAUGAUGGAACAUCUAGACUUUGAGAUAGGAUAAAGGGCUGCCGUGUUUUAAAACGAGGCAAGGUUGAAAAAGAAUUCGUAUUAUGAAAACGAGACAGGGGCCUGUGGCCUAACAAUGUCAGAUCUUUCUGUAGCAAGAGUCACAGCCAAGCUUGCAAAGUUUAGGCGAUGUGCAGUCACAAAUGGCAAUGAUCUUGUGGCCGUUGUAUACUCUUCUUGAACUAGUAGCAUUAGCGUGUUAUGAACGAGUAGUGUAAUUAGAAACUUAGUAUUAUUAUUUUGUGUAGUCUAAGGGCACUAGCUUUAGCUUAUGAUUUUGCGAGAAACUUGAUAAUAUGUAAACUGCCAUCUUUAUAAAACUCUGUCCAGCGGAAAGCGAUGAGCUAGAGGUUCCGUCGUUUGCAAACGUGCGCUAACCCCGCUUUUGGCUUGUUUCUCUUCCCUUGCAUCCUUGAAAAAUUUUCACAGAUUAACAGUGGUCUGUAGUUGUGUUGACAUUGGCUCACCCGCACAUAAGUGCAUCCCAUAUAAGUGAUGCAAAGUGAGGCAGUUGUGAAGCAAUUUGAGGAAUGCAGUACCAGCCUUUGGAUUCCCGUUUUAAGAGUUUUGUUGUUCAGCAAGUUGUAAGGGAAGCUUCAAGUAUGGGACUUAUUACACAGCAAAGGAAAAGUUUCACAUCCUCGCUAUUUGAAGUUGUUUCCCCGUCAUAGAAGUUCAAAAUGCGCAUUUUGUGAAUUAUCAUAUCGCAGCUUUGCUGUGGAUAAACGGCAAGAAUGCAUGUUUGGGUGUAGGUUCAUAGGGAUUCGCGUUUGAUCGCUAUCGAUGCAAGUGCUUUCCAUGCUCUUUAUCGCAGUUUUAACAGAGUAGCUAGGGUAACUGAGAAAUGAUUGAAGGAAUCAGAUUGGUCUAUAUUUUUGCUAAUGCGUAGUGGUUAGAUUGUAGCUCGCACCACCAAAUAACAAACGUAGCUAUGUGCAAACCGUGAACGCACCGAUGUCGUGAUUGGCAGAUUUCUAGCCAUAAAACGAAUAGGCGAUGCCGUGACUGGGAGAUUUCUAGCCAUAAAACGAAUAGGCGAUGCCGUGACUGGGAGAUUUCUAGCCAUGUAGGGAAUAUUCAAUGUUAUGCAACGUGGGUGUGAUUGCUCUGCUUCGUUUGUUGUUUGUGGUGCUAGAGAUAGGAAGAUCGGUACAGCGAGAAUUGACUGGUAGCAAACAAAACGCGAAGUUAAUUAAUAUUUCAUAGCGGUUUGUUGGGAAAAUAUGCAAGAAAUCUUUUGCUUUCCAUACGCUGACCGGGAAUAAGCUUUAGAGAAACCAAGGAGUUUUCAUCCAAAGUAUAAAGGAUUUUAUUAUCGUCAGAAUUUUUUAGCUGUGGCCUAAGUACCUGCUGAAUUUUAAUGCUAACGGGGAGAUGCCUGUCUUCUUAAAGCCAUGAAUUUUGAUUGAAAAUUUUGCUACCUAAUCGCAGAUCUCAUUUUCGACAGUGUUUAAAAAAAAUAACGUGAAGUGAUAAUAGCUCCAGGAAUGUCGAUUCUUGCUGUACUGCUAUGUUUUUGGAAAUUCUGGUCUGAAUUGCGAAUGAAAAGAAUUCUAGUUUUGUUAAAAGCGUCGUGAUAAACAGCAUUUGUAAUGAAUGACGAAGCUUUUGUCAAUGAUUUGGGGGCAAAUAAGACCAAAAUUCUUUGUUCAAACCUUAAACCAGGCACCCAGUCGAAACUUGGGUCUUUUACCCCAUGUUUCUGGGCCUAGAGCAGGGCAUGAUUGAGAUGUUUUGCGGUGCUUGUAACUGUAAAAGUCCCCCUGUGUAGUUGGCAAAAGCUUCAAAAAAUUAUUUUGGUUUUCGAAUUGUUUAUUGAUCGUGUGACACUUUUCAGCCAGCCAGGGCCUUUUUAGCCUACUGCUAGGCGAGGGGGCAAUUUCCCUUCAAGCCCCAAUUACAUUAUUUUGUUUAUUUUUGACUACAAUAGACUAUUGCUGAAUUUUUAUUGAAAGCAACAGGUUGACCCUUAACUGCAAAGGCUGUGGCAGCCACUAUGGUUAAAUCUGAUUUCUAUUAACCCGAUAGCGUAAACUUCCAAGUAAGUGGUAAAAAAUGGUAAAGAUAUCAUACCCGUUGUCUGAAAAGCAGUGCCUUUAUGGUUGUGGUAGGAAGAUUGUCACACGAUGUUACAAAGAUGUAUACCAGGUUGCACUACAUAUAAGUUGUUAGCAAGAAAAUAGGCAUGUUAAUGAGUUACCUUCCAUUUUAGCUCUUUAAUAUUUCAUUAGAUAAAUAGUACUAACUAUUUAUGACUUUGCUCCUCAAAAAUUAUGUUUUUGUAUAUAUAACCAUAUUAAUAUAAAUAAUCACUAUGCAGAGAAUUUAUUUGGUUUAUGAAAUAGUUUUUUUAACAGCGUUGCUAGUUUGUCCUGUCAGAAGAGCCAGCUGUAGAUACAAGAAACUUUAAAGCAGAUGAUAUGUGAAAUCACUCUCACCUCAGUAUCAAAAACAGCAACCCCCCCCCCCCCCCACCCAUGUUAGAUUGAACUUUUCGGCAGUAUUCUUAAAUAUUUCUGCCAUCUAUUCUGUAACCUGCUAAUAAGAAAUACAUUUAGUGACAUCAAUGGUAUGCUAAAUGACUUUGAAAGGAUUUCAAUGACACGAUGUGAUGAUAUUCACAUUUCAGAAAUCAUCCUAAACAAGUCAUGUCAGUUAGGUGACAAUGUUCAAAAUUUAGUUACCAUCCCAUUUUUAUGCCCUAAAUGCCCUGUCCCGAAUGCCAAUAACAACGCACUUGCUGUUUUUGGUCAUGUAAAUGGCCAAAAAUGAGUUUAAGGCACACCUAUGAUUAGGGUAUCACGUAAAUUCUAUGUAUUUAGUCCAACGAGGCAGCAAUAAUAAUGCUGUUUGCAUGCAUAUCCCCCUUUUUGAUUCUUUAGUCGAACCUUGAUGUUGUCCAUAGUAGAAUGGCUCACUGACAGGUGAGACUAGCUUCAAUGUUUUCUUUGGAUGAAAGCACUAUGUUGGCAGUGCACUAACAGGUCCAGAUACGUGCUUUACCUUAGGCCAUUUUGCGAAAUGAAGACCUACCACAAUGUUUAAGUGAAUUUUCCUACAUCUUAAAAGGAAGAAAUAAAUAUUUAUCUAACUAAGGCUGCUAUUAUUGUAAAAUAUAUAAUCCGCUUCCAGAGCAGUAGAACGAAACUUCCAAGAAAGCAACAAAAACGCUCAAUGAAUGAGUCUUUUCAAUAGAACAAGUUGAAUAUUAGCCAAACAGAACAUCAUUCGCAUAGCCUAAGUUGAAACAAUGUCUCAGACUUUGUGUAUACAAAUCUUUUAUUCUCGUAAUGUUUGGAUUGUUGCAUGGUGUAUGAUGCAUUCUUCGCCAUCGUUAUUGUUAUAAGAUAUUAAUUCGUUUUAUUCCUCAUUGCAUUUCUCUGUGUUUGCAUCUCAAGGUUUUGUCAGAGUACCCCGUUAUCAACAUUUCAUCUUGUAGCAUAGUGAGGGAAAAUGUGGAACUUUUUUGAUUUUGUCAGUGAAGCUCUUGCACUUUGUGUUAUGCGAGAAAAGAUCAAAGCAAAUUAUUCUCCUCAGCCGUUUCUGCCACUUGAUCAAAUUUCCUUUUUUUCGCUUCACUCUUCUAGUUUCAUUUUCAAGCAGUGUUGAACUCGUUUUCUUUAUUUCUAUAUAAACAUUUCUAUAAAAGGUAUAGACGAAGACGAUGCCAUUGGGAGCAUGAUAGGCAUGGCUACCUAUUGACCUUAGGAAAUAGAAUGACAGUAACAAAUAAUGCUAAUCAGAGCUGCUGUUGGUAACUCCUAAAGGAUUACUUGCUUAGAUAAGAAAUUAAAACCCUACUGCUUGAUUGGAAAAUUGAAAAACGUAUUUACAGAUUUUGGUAUCGUCUUUAGCAAAAUGACAGAGUUACUAAACAUAAAUUUUUGAGAGGAAGUCAAAAGAUUUUAGAGAUGGACAAGAUACCAAUAUAAUUUACCUAGGGUGGUGUUUGCUGGUGCCACAAGAAAUGUUCCUAUACUGAAUGAAUUGAUUCCAAAAUUUCUUUAUUUGUUAUCCGAAAGUAGUUUAUUCACAUACCAUAUUAUGUGCCAAAGCGAAUGUUUUGCAGGGUUUGAGAUGCUGUGUUAUUGGAAUUUUUCGUUAUUCGUGCCUAGAUCACCCCUUCAAUCAUCAUUUCUUUGAAAUUGUAGCUAGAAUUUUUCAGCAUCUUUUAUCCCGUUAUUUAUUAGAUACAGCUGAAAGCUCCUUCUAAACCCUGUGACAAAUUGAUUGAUAAUGGGAAACUAAAGAAAUUUAAGAACAGAUACUGGUUUAGAGCUAAUUCACGAAUUUAAGUAUUUUGCAAGGCAGCAUUAAAGCUCCAGCUAGAGCUACCUCCCUGUUGAAGCCGGGACGAAUUAUAAGCCAUCCAUCAUUUGUGUUUGUUAUCGUUUGUUUCUCGGUACGUUUCUAUGUUGUUCAUUUUCAAAAUUUUACCGAUAUUUCUCCGCAAUUUUUCCACUGGAAUCUGUCAAAAGGUUUGCCACUGUGGCCUUUUCAUUAUUCCAUAUCGUAGUAUAAUUGUGUUAACUCCAAAAUAUAAGCAGUGGUUGCCAUUUUUUGCAAGUUGACCUGGCUGACUUCAGUAUUUCCAAGCUUUCUGUAAGCUAUUCUCACUUCUAAACAUAACGUUUUACGAAAUUAUUAAAAAUUUUGCCUGAAAACUAGAGCGAAUAAGAAAAUGAAGGUUUCAUGUCAGUUCAGAAGGA